AUGACAUCGAAACCCGGCAGGAUACCCCUAAUUACCUGGAUGCGCUUCAUUUUCUUAUUCCUUCGUGGCCGCCGCAACAAGUCAAUACGGCCUUCGACUAACGAUAAACAAGAAACGAAGGUGAAGGGAGAGAGCCUCUUCCGCUGGCUGAAGUCGGGCAAACGCAGCCAAACCGGAGGCGAGGCUGCUUCCCCCGAAGAUGCCCCAGCGCCGCCACGGCCAUCCGACGGGUUGAUCGCAGAGCCACGGGGGCCUCCAUCACUGUCGGCAGAUGAAAGCUCUACUUCGACGAAAGGCCCGAGCUCUUUUAAACAGUGUAAUCUCGACGCUGCGCCGAAGACCGCGAUGAGACGCCCAAGACUCCGCCGUAUUGCGGGCGUUGCCGACCUCAAGGUCCUGGCGCGUCAAAACAUGCCGACUCUGGAUGGAGACAGGAAAGAGACGCGCCGAGAGCCCAUCUUGUGCCCUCCCUCAGUCAGGCACGGCCUAGCUCCUCGAUUGCAUCUCGAUGGUGAUGGAGAACAACGACUUCGUUGGCGUCGCGACUCAACCUCACGCAAGCGACACCAGCUCACGCUCAAGCAGCCGCACCAGUCCAUGGCCAUUCGGUGUCACUCUGUCAACCUGGGCUUCCUCGAGCGAAGCUUACACACAGGAGGUCGCUCCGGUCUCCGUAACAUCCACACGAGCCAGAGUGGUAUCCGAGCCGCAAACCCGACGCCGCAACCGCUGACCGAAGCGCUUGCCUUGCAGCAAGGUGAGGGUUUGAAGCCAACGAAUGGCGACAGUAACGGAAUCGAGAGGCGUGAUUACGGCUUCAAGUCUAGCUUGACACAGAUGCAAUUGCCGUUGGUGAUCGAAGCGUACAAGGGGGUAUUGAAGUGGCGUAAGCGAGAGACGGUGUUGUCGCAGGUAACGCGGCCGGCGGUCGAGACGGACGCGAUUCGUUCGAGUAGAUCGUCUCCAGAUGCGGCGGCGAAUGCUACACGCGAAGCGGUGCCGACUUUGGAACACUGGUUGGCUACGUUGAGUGUUACGUAUGACGGUUUGGUCAAGGAAGGGGGAGAGAGUGUUUGA